GAACCCGGAGCUGGCAUUAUUGUACAGAACCAAGACCUAUAUAUACAUAUUAUACAGUACGUAAGUUGUGAAUCCCAAUCUUUACAUAUGAUGAUAAAUAUGUAUGACCUAGAUCUACAGGAUCUGUAGUCGUAUCUAAACCCAGAGCUACAGUGUCAUACAUAUCCAGACUAAAGCUGUAACAUGAUCAGGAUUCUAAUGAAAUCUAAUCCAAGCUAAACCUUAGACCGGAGUUUUUGAGCUGGUUCAAGACGAACCCGGAGCUCCUCUGUAUUCAGUGAACCUUGAUAAGCUCCGGUAGUGCAAAGUGAACCCAACCCAACCUAGUUAUCCAACUACUGGUAUGAGGUGAGGAUUGUGAAACUCCGGAGCUAAUUAUUAUGUCGACGACCCUGAUCAGUGGUCCGUUCCAGAGGUUGGGUUCCAUCCGACUCUCCUUGACAACACGGAAGGAACGGAUCAGAAAGAAUCAGGAACGGAUUCAGGCGAUCCAACAAACACAGAUCAUUUAUGAAAACAGAAACUCAGGAAAGGUGUCUAUCCCUGUAUCUGCUCCACACAAUGCUGAGGAAGACGACAGUAUCGGAAGUUGUAUUAUCUGCGUCGGAUCUACAGGAACAGGGAAGAGUUCAACGAUAGCAAAAUAUACAGGUUCUAAAACCAAGUCCGGUUCAGGGCACGACAGGGUAACCAAGAACUGUGAAAUUCAUCGAAGUAUUUUGGAUGAUGAUGAGCCGGUUUGGGUUGAUACAGUUGGCUGGGAUGAUGCAGAGUGUGAAGACGACGAAACUUUCAAGGAUAUUCUUCGGUUUAUUGAUAAAUAUAAUAUUACCAAGGUAAAGGCUGUGAUCUGGAAUAUAUCUCCAAAUGUGAGACGGGACGCAUUACUCCUGGGGCAGGCUAGACUCAUCAAUAUGUUCCAGGAAAAAAUCUGGAAUAAUGUGAUCAUUGUGGCUAAGCAAAGUUUAAAUCCAGAUCAUGAUUGUCAGGGUGCCCUAAAAGCAGCAGAGGAUUAUGCCAAACAAUAUAUUCAUUAUACAGGAUAUAGAUUCUACGAGGAUCCAACAUUAAGUCCUAAACAACGAGAAUAUUUCAUUUGUUCAGAGACGCGGCAAACCUACAAUAUAAAAACAGAUGAGGAGAUCAGAGAAAUACUCAAGGAGAAGCUGGCUGAACUCAAGGAUCCGGUUCAGGUCGUCUUCAAGACCAAAAGAUGCAUUGUCUGCUCGGUGAAGGGGGAUGAGAGACUCCUGUCUCCGUUCUGUCACAUGGAGGAGCAGUUGGUGCAUCCUGGAGUUAUUGAGAACCAUCAUCCUGGAGGUCAAGAGAUGUUCCAUCCGUCCUCUCACUACGUGAUAGAACAUGAUGGAAGAUUAAGUAAAAGUUGGUAUUCAUCAUUGUGUUGCGGCACUCUGCGCAAACCCCGCUACACGUGCUGUCGAAGACGAUCUGGGAAGGAAGGCUGUAAAAAGAAAUGGGCCUGCUGUAAGGCGAGCUGGGAAGAUAGCGAAGGUGGUUGUCAAUAUAGGUAUAAAUGCUGUGGAGCCCUGGUGUCCAAAAGUACUAGUGGAUGCUCUCCCCGCUACCACUGCUGUCUCCGAGAGGUGAAUAGUACAGGCUGUAAGAAAGUUUGCAAAAAAUGCGGGAAAGAUUGGGGUUCAGAUGCGGGAAAAUGUUUCAAGAAGGAGCAUACCUUGGUUGGUAUCAUGGAGAAAACCGAAGAGGAGAUUGAAGCAAUGAACGCAAGCCUGAGAAAGCCUGAACCUGAGAUAAAUAUACUCAGGGACACUAGCAAGGAAGAAGAUCCGUUCCUACCUGGCCGGAAGGACGGAAGCAGGAAGAGUAAUCAUAAGUUCGGUUUACCCCCCGUGAUAACUUAUCAUAUGUUCUAGCUUUUAUAUAAAAUUGUAGUACUAUUUUUCAUUACAGGCAUUAUUGUUUAAAUUUAUUGUGAUAUUUAAUUGAAAAUUUACAGCCUAUAGGUUUUAUACUAAUUAUGUAACAGUAACUAUAUGUAUUUACAAAACAAUUUGAUAAUUAAAUAUUUUAAUAAUAAAAUGGUUUGAUGUUA